AUCCUCAUGUUAUCCUUCAACUUCGAUCUCUUAUGCCCGGCCUGUUACGGUAACGUUGAGUUGUGAUUUCAAUUUCGAGAUAGUUAGAAAUUUUUUCUCACUGUAGUGUUGAAAUAUAUACAGAAAAUAUUUCUCAAUUAGUAACGCAGCUUUUGUAGCCAUCAGGGAUAUCUUUCGUAGCACAAAAUGUCCUACGGAAACAGACUUAAUGCAGGCGUGGGUGGUGGUUUUCGUGGAAGUGCUAAUAAUAUAGGGGAUCGAAACAUGAAUGGUGGAGGUUCGUUUAAUAACAACAACCAGAGAAACGGUUUCGAUCGAGGAGGUGUUGGCGGUUUCAAAGGUAAUAGCGGACCUCCUAACCGAGUUGGUGGAAGACAACGUGGUGGAUUUGGAGGAUCUGUUGGAAGAGGUGGAAAUCGCACAGCAAGUGGAGCUAGUGGACGUUCAUUUGUUUCUGGAUCCUCGAGAUCUAUUCCUAAAGGGGGUAAUCUUGGUGCUGGUAAUAGGCUUCGCAAAAUAAAUUGGAAUCUCAGAUCUCUCCAUCCGUUCAAAAAGGAUUUCUAUGAACCUCAUCCUUCUGUUGCCAAUAGAUCAUCGUAUGAGGUAGAUCAAUACCGUAGAUCUAAAGAAGUUACUGUAGAUGGGAAACAUGCUCCAAAUCCCAUCCAGAAUUUUUCUGAGACUAGUUUUCCUGAUUAUGUCAUGGAGGAAAUCAAAAGACAAGGAUAUGAUGCGCCUACAGCCAUCCAGGCACAAGGUUGGCCAAUUGCAAUGAGUGGACGGGACCUAGUCGGUAUAGCACAGACUGGAUCUGGAAAAACUCUAGCCUAUAUAUUACCUGCUAUAGUUCAUAUCAACAAUCAACAACCUAUAUCUCGAGGUGAUGGUCCUAUCGCCUUAGUUCUAGCUCCAACAAGAGAAUUGGCACAGCAAAUACAACAAGUAGCCUCAGAUUUUGGUCGUACUUCUUAUGUUAGGAACACUUGCAUAUUUGGAGGAGCUCCAAAGGGGCCGCAAGCUCGAGACUUAGAAAGAGGUGUUGAAAUUUGUAUUGCUACACCUGGAAGGCUCAUUGACUUCUUAGAAAAAGGGACUACUAAUUUAGAACGCUGCACUUACCUAGUCCUUGAUGAAGCUGAUCGCAUGUUGGAUAUGGGUUUUGAACCUCAGAUUCGAAAAAUAAUUGAACAGAUCCGACCUGAUCGUCAAACACUCAUGUGGUCAGCCACAUGGCCAAAAGAAGUUAAAAAACUUGCAGAGGACUACCUGAAUGACUAUGUUCAAAUCAACAUUGGAUCCCUUCAACUUUCUGCCAAUCACAACAUUUUACAGAUUGUUGAUGUUUGUCAAGAGAACGAGAAGCCUGAAAAACUAAACUUACUUCUUCAAGAAAUUGGUAACAAUGCAGAACCAGGUUCAAAAAUUUUGAUUUUUGCGGAAACAAAGGUGAAGGUAGAGGACAUAACAAGACAAUUAAGGAGGUAUGGUUGGCCAGCUGUUUGUAUGCAUGGUGACAAAAGUCAGCAAGAACGAGAUUAUGUAUUGAGAGAAUUCAGAAAUGGUAAAUCUUGUAUUCUAGUUGCUACAGAUGUUGCCGCAAGAGGAUUAGAUGUGGAUGGUAUCAAAUAUGUAAUAAACUAUGACUAUCCCAAUUCUUCUGAAGAUUAUAUACACAGAAUUGGCCGUACUGGUCGAUCUGAUACAACUGGAACAUCUUAUGCUUUCUUCACUCCAAACAACUUCAGACAGGCCAAAGAUCUCGUUUCAGUCUUGCAAGAAGCGAAUCAGGUGGUUAACCCCAAAUUGUUGGAGUUGUCCAAUAGGGGAGGUGGUGCGUAUGGAGGCAGGCAAAACAGAUGGGGAGGUGGUGGGGGCUUUCGCCAUAGAGAGAAUGGCGGUGGUUUCCGUGGAAAAGAUUCUGGACGUAUGGGAGGUGGAAGAAGCACAAAUGGGGGAGGUAGAAUGAUGAAUGGCAACACUUCUGAUAGAGGAAUGGGAUCUCAAUUUGGUAGAAGUGGUGGCCCUAGACAUAACUCAAGAUUCAGCAACGGACAAGGGGAAAAUAGAAGCCACUACAAUAGUCAUAGUAACUGGAAUGGAAACAGGGGAGAGAAUUACUGAUACGAUAAGAAUUAGGAUCGCAAUUUCAUCUGUCAUAGUUAGUUAAAUUGGGAUGAUGUAUAAUCUACUGCAACAGUAUUUAUUGGAUGCAUUGCCAGUUUCAAGUGCAUCACGACA